AGAUUGGACGCUAACAUAUAUUUUGUCUGUUAAAUCAAAGAGAGAGAGUAUAGAUUAUAUACAACAGUGACUAUAUAGUAUGUAUAUAUGUGAAACAGUGUCUGAAAAGAGUUUCGAAAUAUAGAGAUAAAAGCUUAAAUCUGUUCCUUUUCCCUCCUCUCACAAAUCAUUACAGACGUUAUUGAUAUAAGAUCAUAGAACGUGUAUCAAUACAAUCUCGUUCUAAUAUAUGAACCACUUCUUUAUUGUAUUUUUCAUAACAACUUAUACAUGAUUUUCCACAUAUUAAUCGCACGGGAAUUGUUCUAACAGUUUUUUUAAAUAAAAUGUAUUGUUAUUUUUAAUUUAGGAUCUACUUAAUAUUGAUGAUCAAACAGCAGACAUUUAUACGAAGUUUAUAACAGCAGAUGAAAAUGGUCGACUUAAUGAAAUGCCUAAAAUUGAAUUAAUGAAACCUGGUUUUACCCGAUUUAAUUUAUCAUAUUUUGCAAGUGAUGAAGAAGUUGAUUAUAUUUUAAAUGCAAUUGAAUUUAUUGCAAACGAUGGAUGGAAGUUUUUAUCAUUGUAUACUUAUGAUAUAAAAACAGCUGUUUGGCGUCCUCGUACUGUACCAUCGGGAAAUCAUUUUUAUCAAUAUCAUAGUCUUCAAAUGAUUACAUAUCAACAUGGUAUGAUGGAAGAGAAUACUGGAAAACAACAAAUGGAACUUUUUAAUUCGAAUAUUCCUCAAUUAGUUACAAAUUUAUCUUCAUCCGAUGAUCCAAUCGAAGAAGCUAAAUCAAUGGCAAAUAACAUACCGAAAUAUGUUUAUGAAAAUGUUGAUUUUCGAACUGAUACACCAUUAAAUGUUCCAGAUGAAUAUAGAGAUUUUGUUUGGUUUGUUACACCUAAAGAUAUUAUUCGAAGAAUUGUCAUCGAUUAUGAACAAAAUCAAGAUACUUAUCUUAAACCAGAACCAUUUCGUCCGAAAAUGGAUGAUUAA